AUGCGCGGCUACAGGAGCACCUUCCGAGUCUCUCUGUCGUCCCAGCCAACCCAAAGUUCGGGGACUUCCAGUGUAGGCGACCGACUGCGGAAUGAACCACAUCGCAACGCAGGGAACGAUGCCAUCGCGCUGUACAAGGCGAUAGGAAAGGAACUGUCAGUUGGUAGCUCGAAGGAGUUGGCGGAACUCGUCAAGACGCACAUCAGCACGCCUUCAUUUUCGUCAAUCAACGUAUCGCCGCAGGGAUUCCUCACUGUCACCCUAUCAAAGGGGUUCGUCGAAGACGAAAUACGCAGCCUAUGUAAAAAUGGAGUAACAGUGGAGCAGGCGCCCAAAGGGUGCCGCGUGGCCGUGGACUUCUCGUCCCCCAACAUCGCCAAGGAAAUGCACGUGGGACAUCUCAGGUCCACCAUUAUCGGCGAAUCAUUAUCAAGGAUACUGGAGUUCCACGGGUACGACGUGCUCAGGAUAAACCACCUCGGAGAUUGGGGCACGCACUUCGGCAUGCUCGUGGAGUACCUCCUGGCCAAGCACCCCGAUUUCAUGACCAACGUCCCCAGCAUCAGUGACUUCACGCAGUUCUACAAGGAGGCCAAGGCGCUCAGGGACGCCGAUGAGGAGUUCAAGGCAAAAAGCAGGAAGCGUGUGGUUAUGUUGCAGAGCGGGGACGAAGUCUCCCUGAAGGUCUGGAAGCUGCUGUGUGAGAUCAGUGAGCGAGAGUUCGGCAAGAUAUACGAAAUGCUGGACAUCACAAUCGAGAACUGCGGGGAGUCGUUCUUCAACGACAUGAUACCGCACGUGGUCAAAGAACUUCAGGAGAAAGGUCUGGUGGUAGAAUCAGAGGGAGCGCAAUGCGUAUUCACGAAAAUUAACGACGUGCCGUUGAUGGCCAUCAAAAGCGACGGCAGCUACGGAUACGACUCGACAGACCUCGCCUGCAUCAGGUACCGCAUACAAGAACUGAAGAGCAGCUGGCUCAUAUACGUCACCGACAUCGGGCAGAAUGAGCAUUUCAUGAAGGUGUUCGAGGCUGCAAGGAUGGCCGGGUGGACAAAGUUGGACGGUAAGGAGGUCCGUCUAGACCAUCUCGGGUUUGGGGUAGUACAGGACGCCUCGGGAAACAAGUUCAAAACACGAUCUGGGGACACCGUGAAACUCGUCACCCUGCUAGACGAAGCUGUUGCACGCGCCACGGCGGAGCUCCAGUCGCGCAUCAACGCAAGGAUGGAGGAGGGAGAGACCGACAUUGACAUCAACAUCCCGGAGGUCGCAAAGAUAUUGGGUUACGGAGCGGUUAAAUACUUCGAACUCAAACAGACCAUCACCAACAACUACAAGUUCUCCUUCGACCACAUGCUUGACCCUAGGGGAAACACUGCCAUAUACCUCCUAUACGCGUAUGCGCGCAUAUGCCAGAUAUUCCACAAGGCUGGAAUUGACGCCGAGAGCCUACAACCGGAGGUGUUGGACUUGUCGCACCCCGCAGAGAUUGCUCUGGCGAAGAGCAUCCUCAGGCUGCCUGCCGUGCUCAACCAGAUCAAGGCGGAUUACCUGAUCAGCAAGCUCGCGGAUUUCGUGUACACGCUUAGUGUGGAGUUCUCCUCCUUCUACAAGCAGUGCAAAGUCAUCGGCGACCCGAACGAGACCACCAGGCUGCUGCUGUGCCACGCCACCAGAACCGUCAUGCAAACUGCGUUCCAACUUAUGGGGAUCAAACCGCUAGAUCGCAUAUGA